GCUCGUGCAGGCUGCCGAGUUCCUCGUCGAUAGCACGGAACUCGCCAGAUUCCUGCAGGCAUCGGUUAAAAUUAACCAUUGCUAUCUUAGUCAUAGGAAAUCCUCCGAUAUAGUUCUUUACAAAAUGUUCGAUGAAAAAGAUACCUACCUUCACUACCUCGAAAAGCUGCAACAGAUUCUAAACACAUUCAACGCCAUCAUCAGCACUCUCUCGCGCCGCAUGUUCGAGAUUGUCGAUUUGUUCCACGCGGGGCCGAGGAACGCGUGGACGUACCUCGCCAGGCACAGGCUGCAGCCGCUGCGUAACCGGUGCGCGCUCGCCACCGCCGUCUACCGCUACGCGGACAACGAUUCUGACGAAAUUAAGGCUCUGCGCAAAUUUUGCCCUAAGGAGCUCAAAUGGAUCAAUGGCACGGCGACCAUGUUCACGCGACGUCUGUCGCUGUGGCCGACGGAGGAAAAGCAGCGCCGGCUGGGCGUGUUCAGGUGCUACGAGGUGUACGGAGCCAAGCUGCUGCUGCCCCUGGUGGAGCUGCUCGCACUCGGCAACGCCGUCGCCGCGCUCGCACCCGACAACAGAAUCACCAAGUACUUGCUACAAGAGGUGGAUAAGGUGAACAUCAACGAGGAGUGCAACAAGGGCUCUCCCACCGACGAAGACUACAAGGAGUACCGGGCGUACCUGGACUACAUCAGCGGCUGCUGUCUCUCCGCGAUCGACUCCCCGCGCGCCGCCAUCAGGUCUCUCUCUAAAGUUACCAAGUCAUUUCUGAACAUACCUCAAAAUCACAACUAUUAUCUGACUCCGUACGCGAUGUUGGAGUCUGCGGUGUGCUUCCAGAAGCUGGGCCGCGAGAAGCGCGCGAACCGCCUCAUGAGGAACGCUAAGAGACAUUUCUACCGGAAGUCUGCUGAGAUGCGCACUCUAUACAACAUGUACUCGAAUGUACUCACCAAGGCCAAGGAGAAGCCGGAAGUGAAGCAAGUAGUUAAGGAAGAGCCACUCCUCGACAUCAGUUCCAUAUCCUUGUAAUGGUAUGCGUAUAUCCUCUGUUAUUUGUGUGCACCUCCUUCAAUAACUGAAUGUUUAGAAGAAAGUAUGUGUUUAGGAUAUUGGUGUUUAGAUGUAAGAAGUUAUUUGACUAAUAUAUUAUGUGAUCUCAGCCUCUCGGAGAUCAUCAUCUCUGGAAAUGAUCAAUGUUUUCGUAUUUAUUCUUUUCAUCAUCUUCUUCUAUCGAAUAUUUUGUAAAUGUGUCGGGAUUUAUAUUGUGAUAUAUAUAUAUAUUUAUUUAUUUAUGUAUUGAAAGAGUUAGUGUUGCAUUUUGAUGUGGCAUUUUGUAAGAAGAAGGGUGUGGAAGACAAGUGACGCGGGGUAAUUAGAAAUAGAAGGUAAUCCGGCUCAAAGCAGAUAGCGAUCGCUAUCUCAAUCCCGGAAAGGGUAGAUAAAUGAGAGCUAAUUGAGAGCUUAUAUAUAAGCUUAUACAUUUAUUUAUAAAAUUUUCUAAUAUUUGAUUUAGGAUUUGAACUGGCUAUUAUAUAUGUUAUAAUUUCUACUGAUUUUUGUAAUAUUAUUUAAAAUCAAUUAAUAUAAUUUAACUUGUAUUUUAUUUCAUAUUUUAUUAUAAAUAAAGCUCAGUAGGAGAGUGAUGUGACUUUUGAUAAACUUUUUUAAAUCCGACCAUUACUUGUACUAUGCAUUAUUUAUCUAUAAUGAAAGUAAGUAAGUAAGUAACUACUACUUAUGUAACUUACAUAGCCACAUCUGUUGGCUCUAUUUUUAUUGGACAUAUGUUUCUAAUGAACUUAUUAUAUACUUUACUUAAUAAUAUAACAUUAUUACGUCUUUAACAAAUGUAGUGUAGUUACUUUCGAUAC